AUGUUAAAAACAAGGGAAACCGAGCGCAAACAUGCCGUUCUCUCUCCAACGCCCGGGAUACCGGGAUCGGCAACGGCCCAGCAACAGGAGUUGAAAAAGCUCCCAAGGCGAGAGCACCAGCGCCGCACCUCUCCUCACCAGGAUCCGACAGGAAAUGGCGGCCCGCGUAAUGGCGACUACGUGCUACUAGGCGGAGCCGAACGCGGACCCCCUCCCCCACCCACCACGCGGUCCCGAGACCUCGUCCCCCGCGCCCUCCCCCCACCGCGGGAGAGACAAAGCAACGGUGGCAGCCCCGAUCCUUCCAGCUCGCCCGCUCCCGCAUCGGGCCCAGGCCGGGAGCGCCCAAGUGCGCCGGGACCUACACAAAGAGAGUGGCGGCGUUCUCUACCGCCCUCGGGGGCCGCCCGCCGACCCCCUCUCCUUCCCACAAGACCUAGUUCCCAACACCACAAAACUGCAGCUCAUCCCACCGUCACAAGCCUCGCGACUCCCCGAAGCCUCCAGUACCGCAGCGCGGACUGCAGAUAUACGCUCAGAGAAAUGGCGGAGGUGGGGGGAGGGGAAACCCGGAACGUUUCAUCCCAGAACAGGCCAACCACCAAGCAGCCCCAACCGCCUCCCUCAAGUGGAGAAACUGGUCUCCGGCCCUCGCCCCCACGCGCCGUUCGCCCAGCCCCAUUCCUCACCGGGCAAGGCUACCGUCCCUAUGCCGCCGCACCGCCUCAGCCGCUCACAGCUAGACAGAGAACGAGCGUAGGCCCCCACCGCCCUCCCCGCGCUCUCCUACCCCGCCGCCGGGCCCGAUUGGCUGCCCCAGCUACAGCGGUGGCGCGAGGGCGAAGCGAUUGGCCCAAGGCCGCGUCAAUCAAGGCGCUGGAGGAGGCGACAGCCCCGCCUCCGCCGGCGCCUCCCUUCAGGCUGUAA